AUAUCGUUCAUUUAAUUUCCUCCCGUUAUACGGUCUCGAUUUAUUUUAAGCAAAAAUUGGAUCCUUAAAUUAAAAUCAUAAUCAUUGCUGAUUGUUGGAGACAACAAACACCACAAUAUCUCAAAUAUCGUAAUCCAAUUUUUAAAAUGGACAGAGCAGACGUUCAGGUUCAUAAAGCCUUCCAAAAACAGGCGAACGUGAGCAUUAAGAAGCUCCAGAAGCUUGGAAAUAAGGCUAGAUACUGGAAAGAUGUCGGUAUGGGUUUUGUAACCCCAAAGGAGGCGAAAGAGGGCCACUACGUAGAUAAGAAGUGUCCAUUUACCGGAAACGUCUCCAUCAGGGGAAGAGUUUUAAAGGGUAUGGUCAUCUCUCACAAGAUGAAGAACACCUUGGUCAUGAGGGUCAAUUACCUACAAUACGUUCCAAAGUACAAUAGGUUUGAGAAGAGGCACAAGAACGUUCCUUGCCACGUUUCACCCUGUUUUACUGUAUCUGCUGGUGAUAUCGUAACUGUUGGCCAAUGCAGACCACUAUCAAAGACCGUCAGGUUUAAUGUUCUAAAGGUCGAGAAAAAUGAAAUCUUCGGCAAUCCUCGCAAGCAGUUUAGACUCUUCUAAUUCCUUCCUCUAAUAUAGUUAUAUUCGA